UCAACAUGAUGGCAAGAAAACGCAAAGCGGAUCCCGGUGGUUAACACUCAAGUCAAAGCAGAGAGAGACAGAGAGGAUGGACAUGAAGCAGGUCAUCGUCUUCGCGCUUUUACUCGUACCCGUGUGCAUGAACCGAUGCUUUGAUGAAGAGGAGCUGGCUGCGACAGCCCACAGGAGACUGGGGAUCCAGUCCACGUCAACACCUUUACCACCUUCGGCGGCAGCUGAUUCACCUGCCUCCUGUCCCGUGGCGCUCUACGCGAACCGGGCGCUUCAGAACAUCAGCGACAGAGCCCUGUCCCCCUGGAGAUACGUAACUAAAACCAAAAAGGAUUACUUUCCCUCCACCUAUUCCGAGGCUGAGUGUCUGUGCACAGGAUGCAUCCUGAUCCAGGGCAACAAUAUCCCAGAGCUGAGCCAUGACUACAACUCGUUCCUCAUAAAGCAGAACAAGUUUUUUCUCAAAAGGGAGCUCUGCGGUGAUAAACAGAAGUACCAGCUGAAGCCAGUUUAUCUGCCAGUUGCCGUGGGCUGUACCUGCGUCAGACCCAAGACUUACCACUAGAGGGCACCCAUCAAGACCUGCUCUCACAGCGGCACACUACAGUUUAUCUUGUGUUUGUUUUAAAAUCCACCAAGUUCUCUGGAAAGUCUAACUCAGGGGUGUCUUUGGUCCUCCAUGCUCUCUGAUGGGAGUUUGACUUGGGCUGACCACACACAGCUGACACCCCCCGGGAAGAUUUACCAGGUUUCAAAAGUUAGUCACAUCAGCCUGUUUUUAUAGGUCUGUUUAUUGUCAUAAUGACAUCAUCAUAAUUUAUGCAUCUAUAAUGUGUGUUUCGUAGGUCUUUGUAGACCCUGCUCAUUCUUUAUUAUGACUUGUUUACAGCUCUGCAUAUUGCAGCCAAUGUAAACUGGGUAUUUUACCAUGUACUUGUUUUCAUAUUGAUGGCCUUGUCAUCCAGUAAAAUAGCUAUUGUAUAGUUAUGUUAAAUCCUUAUUUAUCUGCUAAUAUUUGAAUAAGUAUCUAUUUAUUUGGUUUGUUUUUUGUGUGAGAUGUUCAGAAUGCUCAUGAGUGGAUGAGAAAGACUUUGUAUUUAUUUAUGAUGGAUAUCCUGUAGAUUUUGUCCCAGUGGGACUUUAUGAGUCUGAUACAGACUUCAAACUUAAGCUUCUUUGAAGCUAAAU